CUACCGCGAUCCACGCCCAGAUCAUCUGCUCAGAAAGGCAAGAACCGUUGGCGCGGGCUCAUUCGGACGUACGACUAUAAAGAUUUUGACACAGACAUCUCCCUGAUCCUCUUCAAUGUCGAGGCCCCAGCUUCUCCAGCUGGCCAUUCCGCUUGUACAGACCUACGGUUUCACCCGCGCAGCUCUCAGCCACUCAGUCUUUCGGCUCCCAAAGCCUCAUUCAGAGCAGUUGUCUGACUCUGCAGUGACAGCACUGUUCGGGGAGGGGAAUGAUGCACGCAAGACACUAAUCGACGCAUGGCUAGAAGACGCUCGUCAACACAUGAGGGCGUCACCUUCGCCGACGAUCAAGGCUAUUCUCACUCAGCGGCUGAAGCAGAACGAACCAGUCUUGCAGUUCCUUCCGGAGGCUUUCGCUUUGCUGGCGUCACCAACAAACGGCCUGCCUCCUCUGGAUCCUCUACCUGCUUUGAAGCACGCUGGUAGCGUUGCAGACGAGGCUUGCCACAUCGUUGGCGAGCAUAAUAUCGGCCUUGCCUGGUACAGCCGACGAGCCACCCUAGGCGCCGUCUACGCUGCUGCAGAACUGCACCAGCUGAACUCGCCGAGCACGGUAUAUGACUUUCUGGAGAGUUUGCUAGACUCCUCUGGGAAGGUUGAAUCGGCCCUACAGGACGCAGGGACGUUUGCAGGCUACAUUGGACGGAGCUGGGCUGGAAUUAUCAAGAGCAGGGGUCCUUUCUGAUGCCGUGACUCGAUACUACACCCCUGGAGACAUUUCUCUUAUGUGUCGCGACGAGGAGCGUUUUUGUCCAACCGCGACCUGCAUGACAAGAUCGAUCGCAGCGUAGCGUGCAGCGCACUGGUGGAAUACAACGCGGCGCCAUUGCUAGGAAAGUACAAGAUGAAAUCGCAUCAAUUUACCUUACAGGAUUGCAUCAACGAGGUCUUCUUUCGACUGUCGGUAAGACGCCACUUCAAGGCUCUCUGAGCGCUUCAUCGGAGAAACGGUGGC